UCGCUGCUUUCUCCUCUUGACGUCUCACACAAUUUCUACCCAUCGAACACCUUUUGCAUCGAAACGAACGAACGAACGAAGGAAGAAGAAGAAGAUGAGCCUUCAGAUAUGGGACAACGCCGCCUUCGACGACGGAGGCUCCGCUUCCAAGGUCUCGUCGGUUCCUGCUCCUCCUCCACCGCUCCGGGAGGUUUCGACGAACGCUUCCGGUCCGCAGGAUCUCGACCCUUGCAAGGAGAACCGCGGCCCCGAGGCCAUCGACCUCCUCCUCGACGCCGCACUGCCCAAGAAGGCAGCCUCCCGCGUUGCUUUCGCCGAGGUCGAGGAGAUCUCGCUCGAUGACGAGAUCGUGAGGAUCGAGGAGAUGAUCGCACGGCUGAGUUCCAGGCUGGAGGCGCUCCGGGUCAAGAAGGCGGAUCGGGACGCGCGGGGGCGGCCGCGCGGGAGGAUCGUGCCGGCCAAGUUCAUGGAUCCGUGUACGCCCGCUUUGAAGAGGAUGGAUCGGGAGAUGGAGGCAACGCCGGCGAGUGCCAGGAACCGGCGCAGAGCGGUGAGCUUGGGGCCCUUGGAGAUCCUUGCUACACCAGCGAGGUCUAUGAACCCGAGACCGAGCCCAGCGAAGAACAUCUGGCCCUCGGCCUUGAAGAAGAAGACCGAGGAGCCGAUUGCGAAGGCCGAUCGAAGAGGCGACAGCUUCAAAUUGAUUCAAUUAGGUAAGGCUACUGGAACCCUACUGGAUCUAGGGAAGCUGGAGAACAUCGAAGAAGAUAAGGAAACGAAAAGGGCAAUCAACACGAACCCUAAAUCUCAGCAGCCGGCCACCGCCAGAAAGAUGAUACCUGAUGCAAAGAAGACGGUGGCGACGCCCGGUAAUCCUAGCAACAGGCGAAGGGCUGUCAGUCUCGGGCCUGCUGAGAUAGUCGCCAGUGCCCGGUCUCGCCGGCAGAAUAAUCAACAAGAACACACGGCGGAGAAGGCUGUCAAAUUGGAUAACCAACCAAAACGCAGUUCAAGCAUCGGUCCUGCAUCUCCGAAGCCAUCCGUGAGUGCCAAGAAGGCAGUAACAAUGGGAGCUAGCAAAGCAGCAAUUAGGCCUAAAGCUCCGUUCCAAGAUAACAAGAACUCUACUUCUUGUAAUAGGCCAUCAAAGGCUGCUAAAGCGAGAGUUGUUCCCAGCCGCUACAAUUCAGCCGGCACCAGGACGACCGGAGAGAAACAAGGAAACAAGCGUGGGAAAUGGUCGUUACCUGAAUUAAGCAGGGGGACAGGAUCUUCUUCUAGGUUGACGCCGGCGAAUAAGAGAAGCCAGGGAUCUGAAUUGGAGGACCAAAUGAAGUUGGAUUCGCAAAUAUCAGAUGAUUUGGAGGACCACACUUCUCCUGAAUCAAUCAUGAAGCUUGCUGCAAUUCUUCCAAAGAUCAAAGCUUCGAGAUGCAACACUGAGAGCCCUCGUGAUUCUGGAUGUGCAAAGAGAGCUUCAGAACUGGUAGGGAGGAAGCCAUUUUUUUCUGCGUCGGAGGAUGAUGUACUAAAUUCUCCUGGCCAAGCUCUUACAGUUCUUGAAGAUUUGUUUGCAGAGCAGCAGCCAUGACCACUUCUUCCUGCAAUCUGAAUGCAAAUUGCAAUUUAGUAGUUCAUGAUAAUUCUUGUACAUUGGAAUAACAGUUCUCAGGAAUUUGGUAACUGUGUGAGCAUUGUAAUAUUUCAAGAGCAAUUCUUUAUUUGAAUUGUGUAA